AUGAAAGCAUAUUUCCUUGGCGGGUUUUCCUUACUGGAUUUUUUGGCUGAAGUCUCAACCAUCGGGUGAAAGAAUUGCCACGUAACCAAUCUCCGUCAGAUCGAAAAUCCAGCAACAUUCGGAUCCCAAUUCACACAACUGAGAGAAGUGGAAACAAUGACAUCUUAUCUAAUUCUAUUGUCCCUCUUUUUAUCAUCAGUCUUCACUCUCACCUCUCAAAAUCAACACCAUGAGAUUGCCGAGGCCAAGCUCAAAAUCGCUCGGUUAGAAUCUGUUCUGGAGGAAAGCCUGCAGAAACUCAAUGCGAGGAGUAAUUAUCUCAAGGAGCGCGACAACCUAAUUGAUGAACUCGCAAUAAAGAUUCAAGAUCUGCUAUCUCUCCUAUCCAAUAUUAAGCAUGACUCAUCACGAACCGAGGAAAGGGUUGCUGCAUUAGAAGAAGAGGUACGACUGCUAUGGGCUGUUUCCAGACAGAACAAUUUUGAUCUUCACAUUUUAGAAUCUAAAGCACAGGAUGCUGAGGAUAGAUUGGAAGAGGUUACUUCACAAGUUGAAAAGAUGGCAGACAUUGUUAAUGAACAGUGGAUUCAAGUGCAACAUCUUGAGCAGGCUCUCCAUAUGACAGAAAUGAGAGCACUUAACAUCCAAAGGAAACUGAGGGUUACUGGAUGCACAUUCUUAAAGUUUGUCAAUGACGUUUCUGAAAAACAUCUUCCAAAGUUGUUGGGCAUACUUGAUUCUUACUUUUCUGGUGGAGGGUCUACUUUGAGGUCUUAUGUCUCUAAAGCGGAACAACAAUUUAAGAGAUUCUUUUCAGGUUUUAAGAAGUUUCACCAUGAGGUUUGUACUUGCAAGUUUUCUCGUUUGUUGUGCACAAAGUAGUUCAUUGGGAUAGAAAUUUUGCCUUCAUUGCUAUAAUUUGAAUAUUCUAAAAAGUGUGUUCCUGGAUAAGAUAAAAAAUUUGUGAUGAAAGUUUUUCUUUUAUGUAAAAAGUCGAGUUUUGUUUCCAUGUUGAAUUUUUGACCUUAUCUUGAAGGCACAGAUUCUUUC